CGCAGCUGUGAGAUGAGUAAAACUUCCUAAGAGGUACACAAGGUCGGCUGCCCUGCCCAGCAGGUGCUCCCCUGACAGCUCCCUUCCUCCCACAGUGUGGUUCCUCACACAGACCCAAGGAAAAUAAGAACAGUAACCAAGAAAAAACAACAUCCAGAAUGCCCCAAAACGUUAUUCUCCAAGGACCGGCACCCUGGGGAUUCAGGCUCUCGGGAGGAAUAGAUUUUAACCAACCCUUGAUCAUAACCAGGAUUACACCUGGAAGCAAGGCUUCAGCUGCCAACCUGUGCCCUGGUGAUGUUAUUGUAGCUAUUGAUGGUCUAGGCACAGAGAACAUGACACAUAAUGAUGCCCAGGAGAGAAUUAAAGCAGCUGCACAUCAACUUUGUUUGAAAAUAGAGAGGUCAGGAACUAAAUUAUGGUCCCCACAAGUUUCAGAAGAUGGCAAAGCACAUCCCUUCAAGAUAAAUUUGGAAGCUGAACCACAGGAUAUGAACUACUUUGAACACAGGCAUAACAUUCGUCCCAAACCUUUCAUAGUCUCGGGACGAAGCAGUGGAUGCAGCACUCCUUCAGGGAUUGACUGUGGCAGUGGACGCAGUACCCCCUCUUCAAUUAGCACAGUUAGCUCUAUCUGCCCCACCGAGCUGAAAGCAGUGUCUAAGAUGGCCCCUAACAUUCCCUUGGAAAUGGAGCUUCCCGGUGUCAAGAUUGUACAUGCUCAGUUUAACACACCCAUGCAGUUGUACUCAGAUGACAAUAUCAUGGAAACACUGCAAGGCCAAGUUUCUACAGCUCUGGGGGAAACACCUGUUAUAAGUGACCCAUCUCCCAACUCCGUGCCUCAGUCUGAUGUGUACAAGAUGCUGCAUUCCAACCAGGAGGAGCCCAGUGAACCUCGCCAGUCUGGCUCCUUUAAGGUGCUCCAGAAUUUAGUCUCCGAGGAAGAUGGACGCCCUGCGGGCACAAGAAGUGUGAAAGCACCUGUAACAAAGGUACCUUCUGCCAUGCCUGGUGUUCAGAAAGUGCCACUGUGUGACAAGUGUGGGAAUGGGAUUGUAGGAACAGUGGUGAAGGCACGUGAUAAAUACCGGCACCCAGAAUGUUUUGUGUGCUCUGACUGCAAUCUCAACCUGAAACAAAAAGGCUACUUCUUUGUGGAGGGCCAACUGUACUGUGAAGCUCAUGCUCGAGCUCGCAUGAGGCCACCAGAGGGAUAUGAAGCAGUUACUGUUUAUCCAAAAUGCUAGUCUUACAUUAACACACAAAUACAUGCAUGCACACAAAAAGCCAUUAACAGCUUAGAACUGCAGUACAAGUGUCAUGACCUCUGCCUGAUUCCAAAGUAGCAGCUUUUAAACCUUUUCUUGUGGGAUUCUGAGGGAGGCAGAAGUCCCUAGAAGCCAGCAGUAGCAUAUUAUACCAGUCAAAUUCUGCUAAAAUACUCGCUUUGAAGUUGUCAAUAUAACCCAGUGAAGUAUAAACUAAACCAGCUGUACUGGAAUAAAAAAAGUUAAACAGCCAAGGGGUUACAUAAUUACUACAACAUAUACAUAAGUGCUGUAAUCAAGGCAUGUUAAACACAAAUUAAGUAUCUUUGCAAACACCAAAGCCAUCAAAGUGUUACAGGCUGGGCCCUAACAAAUGUAGAAACUUGACAGAUCAUUUGAGAAGCAGCUAUUUUACAUGGGUAGCACAAAACAAGCAGUUGUUCAUGUCUGCCUCCACCAUCUAUUAUUCAACUACCAUUAAUGUCGGACAGAAAUAGAUUUUGCUUACUUUGCUUUGAAUUUGGGGUUAUAUUGACUUAAUGUUCUGAUGCAGCAACUGUGAUAAGAAAUAAAUAUAAAAUGAUACAAUAAAACAGCUUGUAUAAUAAAGACUGUUUAGUAAGAAGCAAAGAGGAGAUCUUUGUUGUUUUAAUGAUUUGUUAUGAAAUUAGCUUUCACAUCACUUAGCAGAAUUUUUUUUGAGGCAUGCACACACAUAUAUUUGUUUUUUGGAAAAAAAGAAACCCAAAACACACUCAAAUAGGAAAUGACUCAAGUUGACAAUGAAGGUAAAUUUUAAAACCUUUCUGCAGAAAAUCAUUGUCUUUUUGCAUCUCCAUCUUUCAAUUUCUGUAAUAGAAACAAGGGGGAAAUACCAUAAAAAUAUUUUUAUUGCUGGUAAAUUAAAACUUGAACAACUUUACAAAUAAAUGUUGAUUAAAAUACGCAAAUGAAAGGACUUAUAUUUAAAAAGCCUGGUGAAAAAAAAAAAAAAAAAACAGUCCUAAGGAAAAUAAUAAAGUUUUUAAAUAAAUUUCUGAGAUUUUUAAGAGCUGCAUUGCUUUCAGGUAGGUGACAGCUACGUAUACACACCUGACUGACAAACCAAACCUCAGCAUUUUCAAAACCAAUUCAUAAAUAAUUUCUUGGGGUAUUCUGAAACCACUUUAAAGUAGAAAAAUCUACAAAAUCUUACAUCAAGUCUACAAGACUAGCAGAAAUUAAUAACUCAGUGGCAAACAAUCUAUUACACUUUUCCUGUUCUAUAAUAUAAGGAGCCUAAAAUGUAAGAAUAUGGAGCCAAAAUAAGAAACUGUAUGUACUUUAAAUUUAUUCUAAAAAUUCAGUUGUGCCCAAAGCUUGAAAUGUAAUGUCCACAUAUUCAAAGACUUUUCAAAAUGUUUUUUCUUAAAGUUUUAUUUCAGAAUGUAAAUGUUUUAAACAUAUGUGUGUCACUGCAUUUAUAAUUUAUGUCUGCAUAUGAAAAGCAGACAUUAAAUAAAUAAAAUAAAAUAAAAUAAAGGUGUUGUACCCUUUUAAAGGUUAGUUUCUGAAUUAUUUUUAGGCACAAAACAUAUUUCUGCUUCUCAGGUGCCAUGGAGGUUAUGGGUAGCAUUUAUACUUUUCCACUGAUAAAGCCCAUAAAAUAAAACUGAAAAUGCUUUUGAAAGUGAGAGUGGACAAAAAAUCUAUUUUUACAAACCUAAAAUGUCAUCAGUGUUUUAAAAUAUUUGCUUGAUGUUCAUUUCUUUGUGGAAUAACUGAAGGUAAAAAUAAAUCUACUACAUAUGACAACAA